AUGAGUCCAGCUCUUUUUUUUUUCACUUUCAGUACGUGCUGGUUUCAGUUGACCCCGGAAGAAGAGUUGGAAAAACAGUACAGGGAUUACAAGGCGGAAUUUGAAAAGUGGAAGGAGAAUAACAAGAACGCAGUCGGGACAGAAGCCUAUAUAAUUUAUGUGGAGAAGUUUGAAGCAUGGGAAAGGGAAGUGGAGAAUAGACGCGAAGAGAUCCGUGCUAAAGCUCAAGAAGCACAGGAGACACAGAAAGCGCAGGCGCAAGCGGCUGCUGAGGCAAAGCGUAAGAAGGAGCUUGAAGCUGAGGAAGAAAAAAAGAAGCAGCAAGAAGCUGAAGCCGCAGCGCAGGCAGUUGCAUAUGCCCAGCACCAGCAGUCAUACCUAGCUCAUCAUCAAGCUGCACUACAAAAGGAGCAGUUAAUGCGACAGCAGCAAGAAGCUGCUGUUCUGCAAAGUGUAGAUGCUGCUGCAGAAACGUUAGAUAAAUCCCGUAUGGCUGAUGUUAUGCAACAGAUGGAGCAGAUGGCACAGUUAAUGAUAGGGGGACAGAGCACUGAGUCAUUUGAAGCCGAUGGCAAAGGGAUGGGGGGACUGUCUCAUCCUGUUAGAAAGAAUAAAACAUUUUUUUUUACAGGUUUGUACCAGCAGCAGGUCUCUCAACCAGCUCCCCAACCAGCGCAACAAGCUAUUGGACCUCCACCUCAGUUAUGGGGUAACGAUAGGGUCAUUUUUGAUUCUAGUGAUCCUAUGUUCAAGAAGUGGGGCCAAAGAGCAGCACCUCCUUAUCAUAAACCAGCCUACAAACCGCCACCUACGAAUUAUCAACUUUCACCUUGUUGGCUUUUUGUGGAGCAGAUGAAGGAAGAGAAGCUGAUGUUACCUCCACCAGUUAAUAUGCCUCCUCCGUCAGUAGUCCCUACUUUCGCACCUCCUGGCCAUUGA